AUGUACCGAAUCCAACGAGGUGGUGGAUUACUGACCCAUUUCCGACGAUAUAGAAAUCUCACAGCCAUGACGCUCAGAACCAUCAACGCAAAAGAUGCGGCGUCUCUUGACAGGGACCUCAUGAAUGAAGGAGGUUUCUCCCUAGAUCAAUUAAUGGAGCUGGCGGGGCUUUCUGUAUCACAGGCUGUUUAUCGAGUUCAUCCUCCAUCCAAAGGAAGGAAUGUUCUCGUAGCCUGUGGCCCGGGAAAUAACGGGGGUGAUGGGCUUGUUGCCGCUCGUCAUCUUGCACACUACGGAUAUAAACCAACUGUAUAUUACCCGAAACAAGGCAAGAAUGAAUUAUACGAGCGCCUGAAAACCCAACUUCACAACCUCUCGGUCCCAUUCACAAGCGACUUUCCAGGUUCCCUCCAAACUAGUGAUUUGGUAAUCGACGCAAUCUUCGGGUUCUCCUUCUCGAGACCGCUUCGAGACCCGUUCCCCAAAGUAAUCUCCCUCAUAGAGGAAACCCAGGUACCCGUCCUGAGUGUGGAUGCCCCUAGCUCAUGA